AUGGAAGGAUUGCUUAAUUGUCAAAUCGGUUUCUCAACUUAAAAAUACUAUUUCAUUCUUCACGACUCUGUGCUGUUGUAUUGUAAGAAGAAAGGAAAUCGUGUGAUUGGACAAAUACAUUUAUCAAUAGCCAAAGUCGAGAAGAGAGAGUGUCAAAUAAAUAUCACUACAGGAAUUGAAAAGAUUAUAUUAUUAUUUGAAAAUAACUUCGAGAAGGAUGUUUGGUUUGAUUGCAUCUAAAAGUAGAAUCAGAAAUUGCAUUUGGAAGAUGAAUUAGAGAAAGUAAGAUCAUUACAAUAUCAAUUCGAAAGCACCCUUAAAUUUGUGAAUAAAACUAUUGAGUAAAAUCCAAAUCUAAAUUCCUAUUCUGAAAGAUUGUAAUCCUAUGGAUCAACCUUCAUUGGUAUUGAUAAAAUUCAUAUUUAGAUAAAUUAAGUGAAAUCGUAGAUCUACUUUAUUAAUCAGCUUAACCAGAAUUUCAAAGCUGUCAAUCUAUCAAUUCAAUACAUACUCAGAGUUUGAAACCAGCACCAUAAAUCAAAAAAUCAUAGAAACUCAAAUAACAAUAGUACAAUGUAUGGGGCACUGUAAAACAUCAAAUUCUAAAUAACAACAUUUACCAAAUGAAAUUGCCAAGUAUACUAUCAAAUAAAUACCUAGUCUAUCUCCAUUAACCAUCAACAAUGUUGUAAUAAGUAGCUACUCAAAUGAAAUACAUAUCAAUUUUAGAUAGAGCAAGUUCAAUCAGGGAUCCUGAUUUCAAAAUUGCUUUAAUCUUUGGAUUUCUUAUAUCACAAUAUUCUGCUAUUCCAAAAUUAUUGCCUCUUCCUUCUAAGAUCAAUGAAACCUUUGAAAUUGUUGAUACUUACAAGUAUUUAUCAUAGCAAAUCAAUGAAAAUACAAUUGCCUUCUUUGCCACAUCUCCAAGUCUUGAUUACAAUGGAUAAAUUGAAUAUAAGUUCUCAUUUGACAAUUUGAUCCUUGAUAUUAAUUUGUUCAAAUCCUUGUUUAUUUCUUUCAAGAAAAAUCUAGACACUUAUAAAAUCUAUUCAACCAAUCAUUUUAUUUCUAUUAGGAAUUUAGUAACUCAAAAACCAGAAAUUGUUAUUGAAGGCAAAUUUAUAAUAGACUUUAAGGGAAUCAAACAUGAAAUUGAAAUCAGAUCCAAUUAAAUUAAGGCAAUUGUUGGGUAAUUCUCUAUCUCUGGAACCACUGAUAAAGUACUAUAUAAUUGUAAAAAGAGUAAAGCUAAUUGCUAAUAACUAUUAUAAUGAAGAGUUGAUAUUGUUUUAAAAAGAUGAGAAAGAACUUGAAUUCAAUAAACACAACCCUUUGUUGCCUCCCUCAGAUAGCAGAUUUCGACCUGAUUUGAUUUCUUUGCUUGAAGGUAUUUUCUCUUUACUAAGCAAGGAAAUUAUUAUGAGGCGUAAUAAGAAAAAGACAAAAUGCUUUUUGAAGGCGAAUUUCAAUAGACAUGGUUUAAUCCAGUACAAGCAGAUUAAAUUAUGUAUUCUAUCAAUAUCUAUAUUAAGAAAUUCAUCUGAAAAGAGAUAUGAUUACAAAGGAGGAUACUUUACUUAAUCUAUCCAAUGA